CCAUCCCCAGGGUACACCCCCGGCCACUCAGUUUUGAGAUAGCUAUCGUUCAACUCCAAGGAGUCGUUUUUGACGACUGUCGAUUUCUACGAGCCGCGCCGGUGAACUGAGCUUUCAUUUCAUUCUCUGCUGUUGAGGUCUGAUCGAGGUUGGCGAAAGAUGGCAGGUGCCCACUAUGAGUGCAAAAUUGGACCAUCUAUAUUGAACUCUGACCUUUCAUCCUUGGCUGAUGAAUGUCACAGGAUGAUGGACAGUGGAGCUGACUAUCUACAUCUUGAUGUCAUGGAUGGCCAUUUUGUUCCAAAUUUAACAUUUGGACAUCCUGUUGUCAAGUGUCUGAGAGAAAAGAUCACCAGUGCAUUUUUUGAUAUGCAUAUGAUGGUGCUCAGUCCAGAAAAGUGGAUAGAGCCAAUGAAGAGUGCUGGAGCUGACCAAUAUACCUUCCAUGUAGAAGCCACUGAUGAUCCUAAGAUGGUUAUUCAUCGUAUCAAGGAGGCUGACAUGAAGGUUGGUAUAGCAGUGAAGCCAGCUACCCCUAUAGAUGUAGUUCUUCCCUACGUAGAAGACGUUAAUAUGGUUCUUGUCAUGACAGUGGAACCUGGAUUCGGAGGACAGAAGUUCAUGGGUGAUAUGAUGCCCAAGGUGAAGAAGUUGAGAGAGAUGUACAAGACUCUGGACAUUGAAGUGGAUGGAGGAGUAGGCCCUUCUACUAUUGACACCGUAGCAGAGGCGGGGGCUAACAUGAUCGUGUCGGGCAGCGCUAUUAUGAAGAGUGACAACCCAAAACAGGUGAUCCAAACACUGAGAGGCAGCGUACAAGAUGCCAUACAGAAAGCCAAUCUCGAGAGGUAGCGUCAAUGUUUGUACCGUUUUAUUUUAUAUUUUUCUAGUCAUAUUAGCACAUAUUCUCAAGUCAGGUUUGAUUUAAGCUCUGGUCUUAAGAUGUGGUUUAACUAUGGACAGCCAAUUGCAAUUUAUACAUAUCUCUAACAUUACAGGCUGGAUUUAUCAGCACAUUUUACAGUUGAAUCAUUCAUGACUCUCUGGGAAAAAUCAACAUACUAGUUUUCUUCACAAUAAGCUUGAGGAAAAUCUGCAGGUAAAUGUAGCAAACAUACAGUGAGAAUGGCUUCCCAUAAUUUUAGCACAGAGUUAGACCUUGGCCAAAGUUAAACUGGACGGCAGGAUAGUGAUUGUUUUCUUUGUUACUGAUAAUGUUUAAAAGUAAUUAAUAUGUAUAUUUUGCACCCUAAGCUGCUUAACAUGUAGACAAGGGAGGGUUAAUGUGAGGAGCCGGGCCAUUUUCAUGCUUGACUAUGGAAAGCACAUACAUGUACAUGUAAGAGGCUUUAAAUUGUUCUGGCCACUUUUUAGACCCAUAGAGUAGGAUUGACUGUCAUUAUUGGGUCAGCCGCAUUGUGGUAUAAGAAUUUUACAAUUUUUACUUCAAGCUAGACUUUCUUGAAUGUGAAAUGUCUUGUUAAUGCAUCAAAUGCAUGUUACGUGAAAAUGGGACUAUAAGUCACUCCAUAUGGUUGGACUAUAUGAGUGGUGCUUUUUGUACAAUGCCUUGUAGAAUGUGGCCGGUUAUAUAUUGGAUUUGUUUCAGAAUGCUAUUUGAGUUUUAUUGCACAAAUUAUAUAAUGAAUAAUAUUGUGUGAGAACUAGAAAAUAUUUCAAAUGAUAUUUAUUUCUAUCUUUUGUAUUCAUGUAUUUGAAGUUCAUUUAUUUUGCAAUGAAAAAAAUACCAGUAAAAAAACAUUCCUUAUUACUUACAACUCCAGUUACUGUGUGUACAUGGUAAUUUUUGCAGUGGUUCUGUUAUCACAAACUUUGGGAGUCUGUAAUAUGCUUUUAAUAAGUUUCCACAUCAAUUUAUGCCUAUUCAUACUAAUAGAAACAUCAUUAAAAGUGCAUUGAAAUUAAUCCAUACUCAUUCUCAUACUUAAACCCAGGUUUAAAGUUGUGGUUUAAGUAUGGAUAGCCUAUUGUUACAUAAAUCACUAACAGUGGCAGAUAUCAUAUUUAGCUCUUUUGCCUCUCAAGUCAUUCAUAAUUGUCUAGGAAGUAAAAACCGAUGAUUGUAUUCACCAUCGAUGAAUCAGGAAAGAGCACAGUAAA